GGCGGCGCGGGGGUUGCUGGGAGCGCGGCGGCGCGGCGCGAGGGUGGCGGCUGGCGCGGCCGGCGCCUCAGAUCAAACCACCUGCAAUGAGUAAACGUAAGGUGAAGGAGAGUGGUGGAGCAAAUGGAGAAUGCAUUUCACAGGUGCAGAAAGUUUUACGUGAAAGAUUCUGUCACCAUUAUGCUACUGGAAAAUUGUUUGGGAUUGAACAUCAGUACAGACAUCUGCUGGAUCUGCUGAAACGAACUACAGUUCAUGGAGAAAGUAAUUCUGCCCUCAUUAUUGGAUCCCGAGGAUCAGGAAAGACUGCGUUAUUAAAUCAUGUCUUAAAGGAGCUUAAGGAAAUGAAACAAGUUAGAGAAAACCUCUUGGAAGUUCGUCUGAAUGGGCUUCUGCAGACUAAUGAUAAAGUGGCCCUGAAGGAAAUCACCAGACAGUUGAACCUGGAAAAUGUGGUUGGGGAUAAAGUUUUUGGCAGUUUUGCUGAAAAUCUUGCAUUCCUUCUUGAAGCUUUAAGGAAAGGAAAUCGUACUAGCAGUUGUCCAGUCUUGUUUAUACUGGAUGAAUUUGACUUGUUUGUUCACCACAAGAAUCAGACGCUGCUCUAUAACCUCUUUGAUAUAUCACAGUCAGCCCAGACUCCAGUAACAGUUAUUGGACUUACAUGUAGGCAGGAUAUUCUGGAGCUCUUGGAGAAGAGAGUAAAAUCAAGGUUCUCUCACCGACAGAUAUAUUUGAUGAAUUCUUUUGAUUUUAAACAAUACAUUAGGAUAUUCAAGGAACAGCUUGCUCUUCCUGCUGAAUUUCCUGACGAGUCUUUUGCACAAAAAUGGAAUAAUAAUGUUCAGCAUCUCUCAGAGGAUAAAACUGUGCAGGACGUGCUGCAGAACCUUUUUCACUACACUAAAGAUCUGCGCUCACUUCAUUUGCUCUUGAUGCUCGCUGUAAGUAACGUUACUGUGCAUCACCCACUUAUCACUGCAUCAGAUCUCCAUGAAGCAAGCAAGCAGUAUCGAGUGGACUCAAGAGCAAACAUUGUACAUGGUUUGUCUGUCCUGGAAAUCUGCCUAAUUAUAGCUAUGAAACACUUGAAUGAUGUUUAUGAAGGAGAACCCUUUAACUUCCAGAUGGUUUACAAUGAAUUCCAGAAAUUCGUGCAAAGGAAGGCACACUGUAUGUACAACUUUGAAAAGCCAGUUGUCAUGAAGGCAUUUGAACACUUAAUACAGCUGGAAUUAGUAAGGCCAAUAGAAAGACCAAAUAUACGUGCUCAGCGCGAGUACCUCCUGAUGAAGCUGCUGUUGGACAAUACUCAGAUCAUGGAUGCCUUGCAGGCGUACCCAAACUGCCCUGUGGACGUGAAGCAGUGGGCAGCCUCAUCGCUCAGCUGGCUGUGAACUUUCUGGAACUUACAGCAUCACACUCUGCAUCCAGGCUUUUGGAGCUGAGUGUGAGCUGCAGUGGAGGGCAUGUUUUCACACAGGAGGUAACUUUUUGCAAGAAGCUUUGCUGUUUGAUGGGGGACUUUGUUUUCUAAGGAAAACUGCUCCGAUGUUAUGUUCUGAUGGCUGUAACAGUGAUGAAGGAGAACGCUCUGGCAGUUUAGCUCAGCUCGGUGCCAGCUUUUCCUCUGGUGCAGAGUUUCCACUUUGUAUAAAUCUGAGUUACUUGCUCUGGGAUUGACUGUGUCAGGUGCUGGCUUGGGGCACGCUGCCCCUGAUGCCUGUGGGUCUGGCUUAAACCCUGAGGCACAGUUACCUCUCGAGUGCUGUUUGAAGCUCAUGGUGUACUUUUUCUUCUCAAAUUUGACUUGACGCAGAAAACUUACUAACUUUUGAUGACAAGCAUGUUGGGGUGACAUACAGCCUGCCUUCUGUCCAGGUUACUCAGCUGUUUCUGCAGGCAACAGCCUGCGGGGCACAUGUCCCCCUGUACUGGGGCAGAUCUGAAACACCGAUGGAGUCCCCCAGAGAGCUGCUGAGGCCUCUGUGGUUCAUCACUGUGGGGAGAAAUUGGUCUGACAGCAGGGGCAGGGAAGGCUCUGUCUGGAAAGUACAUGCUACUGCAUACGUACUUCCGUGAUACACGUCAGAAGGACACUCCCAGGUAAGAGUUACCAUUGGUUUGGUACCACAACAUGUCACGUAAAGCGUUGCCGCAAGCAUAGCACAGCACAAACUGUAAAUAAAAAAGUUGUCACAAGAUGUUGUGCAGAAGUACUUACCCGGACAGGAAAGGGGGUGUUCAGCCAACACACACCUCCACACAGCGCGGUGUGGCUCACGUAAUUCAAGGUGGGCCUCUGAAACGGGAAGGGAGGAGGUAGAGAGCAGAGGUGGGAAAAGGUGAUGCUGGUGUUAGAGAGUUAUUUUUAUGGAAGUUCUUUGCUGUGGUGCUGGAGACAAACCAACAGGUGGCUCAGGUACAACUGUGGAGGGGGCAGAGCUGCUGCCAUUGACUGGCCCUGCCUCUGCUCAUACCCAGGGUCCUGCUGCUCUCUUUAGCCAUGGGACACUCCUGGAGGUUUUCCCCACCCUGUGAUGGGAAACAGACACUUACCUGCAGGUGUGGUACAGGAACAUCACAUGCCCUGGCAGAGCAGUAAUGCGGGCUGAGGAAACAACCCACUCAACAGUGUGAGUACCUUGCACCCACAGAUUGGGAAAGGACUGGUUGGUGAAAUUGAUCAUUUUCAGAAGAGAGAAUGGGGACUAGCUUUAAUUCAGGAUAAAGGCUUGGGAGGGAGCCCAACCCUUUGGAGGGCAGGAGGCUACAGGGGCUGGUCUGCAGCAGGUGCCAGCCCUGCUGCCCAGGGAGAAGGAAGGGCUGUGGCAGGUCCCUGGUACGGGAAGGGUGGAAGGGAGUGUGGAAUUACCAGACCAUCAACAGAGCCUUCCCAUGGCCACAUCCUGCAGGAGGGAGCCCAUGCUGGUGCUCACCUCAGAGACCGGGUCCUGCCCUGAGCGCUGCACUGCUGGUUAAAACCCUCGAGCUGCAAAGUGUCCCCUCCUGAAAGAGGAGGGCGAGUUCUCCAUCUGCAAGGCUGGGCCUGAUGUAGAUUCUGCCUUUGCUUCUCUGCCACGUUUUAACUGCAGGGUUCUUCCAUUCUCUUGGGGUGUUUUUUAGCCACAAAAGGUGCCCAGGAGCCCGGGCAGCACUGCCUGCCCUCCCCGUGUCACAAGAUGAGAAGAGGCACAUGCAAGUCAUAGUAGUCACAUUUUUUAUUUUAACUUUUUUAGGGAAUGGGGGAGAAAGAGUAUACAUUUUUAUUUGUACAAUAUUUAACAAUCACUUUAUUGAGGGGCGAGGGGGGGUUGGUUUGUUUUUAGUACUUGCAGAAAAACAGCAAGUACCUUUUGACAGUAGUACAACAACCUGUGCCCAAAACACUGACAAAUACAAAGAGUAAAGUUAAAAUAAUUGCUUACCAAAAUCUCAAGAGGUAACGAAUAGUAUAUGGACUGAAACGGCAUUAGAAAAUAAAAGGAAAACAAAAACAAACCAAAAAAAAAAAAAAAAAAAAACAAAAACCAAAAAGAGAAGUACUGCUGGUUGAGUAUCUGAGGUAAAUGAUGUUCCAUCAAGGAUGCUACGUCAAUCAUUUUGCCCAGGAACAUAUAUUGCAGCUUUCUGCACUUUGUACCAAGUGUUCCUAAUGAAAGGAAAUCCA